UCACAGCAAAUAGAUCGUGCUCACAAGCUAUGGGUCAAAAACACUUCCUCUGCCUCACUUUUACUCUGUGUUUCAUUGUGUCCUUGUCUCCCCUCAUUUACUCCCAUCCCCCAAUUUACAAUUUCCCCAUUGGCCAACUCAAUCACAAUUUCUAUGCUAGAUCAUGCCCCUUCUUGUUGAACAUUGUUUGGUACAGAGUUUGGUCAGCUCUAAGAGAUGACACCAGGAUGGCAGCAUCUCUCCUUCGGCUGCACUUUCACGAUUGUAUUGUUAACGGAUGUGAUGCCUCGGUACUUCUUGAUGACACAGAAGAUUUCACGGGUGAAAAGAACUCUCCUGCCAAUCACAAUUCGCUUAGAGGUUUUGAAGUCAUCGAUAGCAUAAAGGAAGAUCUUGAAAGAUUUUGCCCGUCAACUGUUUCUUGUGCAGAUAUAUUGACUCUCGCGGCAAGAGAUGCUGUUGUUUUGGUUGGAGGGACUGAUUGGCCUGUUCCAUUAGGCCGACGCGAUGCAAGAACAGCAAGUCAGUCGGCAGUUCUUGAGCAAAUACCGUCACCUGUAGACUCUCUACAGAAUAACAUUGCCAAGUUCACAUCAAAGGGUCUUGACUUGAAGGAUGUUGUAGUCCUCUCAGGAGGACACACCUUAGGCUUUGCCAAUUGCCUCUUCAUUAAGGGGAGGAUCUCUAACUUCAAAGGCACUGGAAAGCCUGAUCCUACACUCGACUCUUCGUUCCUCGCGUACCUGCAAAGUAUGUGCCCCAAUGGAGACACAGUAAACAGCAACUUUGCUCCUUUCGACACAAGUCCUGCCAGUUUUGACAAUUCAUAUUAUACAGGCCUCAUGAACAACGCAGGGCUUCUUGAAUCUGACCGAGCAUUAAUGGGGAACCCACAAACUGCUGCAUUGGUUGAAAGUUAUAGCAUAAAUCCGCGUAGUUUUUCCCAUGAUUUUGCAGCAUCAAUGUAUAAGCUCGGUAAUGUCGGGGUACUCACAGGGGAAAAUGGGGAAAUUCGGAGGAAAUGCAGGUCUGUGAAUUAAGAUGGUGCCUGCCUGUAAUGUUAAUUAAUUACUGCAUGUAUGGAACUAAUUCUAUCGUGUA